AUGUGGAGGACCUUGCUAGAAGAAAGAAGACAAGGAAGGAACAUCAAACUGAAACUCUAUCUCCUUUGUAUCAUCCCAGAACCACCUCAAGAGAAGCUCCAGUGGAUGAUCAGUAAAUGUCUGACAACUGACAAAGCUAUCUUAACCACCUUCCGCAAAGAAUUACCUGAAGAAUCAAAAUGUGCCUUAUUGCCCUUGUUAAGACACCUAGCGGGUGAGCAGAAACUUAAGCUUAAAGUCCUCAGCUGGGAGAGAUGGCUGAGUGGGGGUGAGAAGCAAGUGGUGCGGGAGCCCGGCGCUGCGGGGCGCGAGGACCCCCGGCGGCCCACGUCCACUCGGACGCGGCUUGGGGAGGACGUCGAGCGCCCCCCGCCUGCCUUCUUGCGCCCCCACCCAGUCCCAGGCUGGCCCGCGGGCAUGGACACCCACCCACAGCCGGCACAGGCGCGCGCGUAUACACACAAACACACGCACCCACAGCCACAAAGCGCGUCUGCCGCCGGGCAGCGCGAUCCCCGGGCGCCCUUUGGCCGCAGAAGGGACCCGGCGGCCGCUGGCUCUGCGCUCAGAGGGUACCGUCUCCCCGCGCCGCGCCCGCGCCUUUACCUGCGCCCGCCGCCGCCUCGCGUCCGGCUCCCGCCGCCCCCAGGCUGGCCUCAGGCUGCGCGGUCAAUCCCCGCAGCCCCCGCCCCGCGGCCCGCCGAGCCCGGCCCUCCGCCCGCCCCUCGGCCGUCGCCCGGAGCGGGGCCGCCCCCUGCGCCCACCCCGCCGGGGUCCCGCGCGCGGCCGGGAGGCCGGGAAGGGCUCGGCAGCGCGGGGACCCUGGCCGCCCGAGACCCGGGCGGGCUCCGCUGGGGGACAGGGGCGUCGCGGUUCGGGGAGCGUCUGCCGCCGCUCGGCCCGGAGUGCUCCGGCUUUGGCGCGCUGGCAGGGGCGGCGGGGGAGGGGGCGCCGAGGGAGGGCCACGGGAGCCGCGCCGACGCCAGCCGCCUUCUUCCUCCGCCUCCUUUUCUGCUGGCUCCACGUAGCACAAGUCAGCAAGUCCUGCACCUCUUGACUCCCUCCCCCUGGCUCAUCCCCUUACCUGGCGCGACGCCCCCCGAGCCCCGACCCUCGGCGCUCCUCCUCCCCCAUUCAGUUGCUGGACCCCCAGCCCCGUCUGCAGGGCGGGGGCGGAGGGCAGCUCGAGCCUCCCAUUCAUUAUCUUCCCAGCGCCCCCCCACCCGGAGAGGACCCACCCGCGGCCCGAGACCCUAG